GAGAGAGAACACAAACAGAUGCUUCCUCCCAUAGACCGCCCGUGUCUCGUACUCGGAAAGGAGCCCCCAUCACAGCACCUGGCAACAUGCAUGGGAUCUUUCACGAUGAGCUAGACAAAGUCGUUAAGAAGAGGGGCAAUACAUCAGAACCUAAUGAGGAGACUGACGACAGCCAAGUCUGCUGUGGACGUCAUCACGUGGAGGCUGGGGCGUCGCACGACGCCAGCUGUCAGGAUACAUACGAGAACGUUCAUAAUGUUCAGAAUGAGGAUGGUUGGCGUAGACAGCAGCAAACCUCCAAGCAGGCCCUCAAAAAGACACAAGAACUGUACCAAGAUUUCCAUCAGACAAAAAUGCUUCAGGAAAAGCCUGACCAGUUUGAGAACCUGUACGAGAUUCCAGAAUUUCCAUGGGAUCCCUUACCCGAAAGUUUUAACCGUCUCUCCGGCUGCAGUACUUCGUCCGGAGAAUCCGAAGGAGGUGCUUCGGUCAUGUCAGCUCCUCAGAGUCUUCACAGCUGUAAAGAACCAACAGAGAGCAGUUGGCCACCAAGUCCUACACCAUCGGAUGAUUCAGAGCCCGAAUGUUCUGAGAUAAACCCUCCAAGCUUACAAACAUGUUCAAGAGAACUGCCAGGAGGAAGAUUUCCACACCAAAAGGAACCCGAGGCUGGUUUGUGGCUGGAUGAACAGAUCUAUGAAAAUACGUCCGUCAUUCAGAGACGGCCCAGAACUGACUCUAGAACCACAAAACCAUCACGAUCAGGCUUUAUAUGGGAUGACGUUAAUCCCCAUCUCCAACAGUUUAAAGCCACGAUGAUUGAAAUACAGUGCAAGAAACUUAAAGAGGAGAAGCUAUCGUCGACGGCUACAGUACGUGUCGCCAAAACUAUCAUCGUUCGGAACUUGUCACAGCUAUCGCUCAAAGAAAUCAGAGACAGUAUUUUAGUUAUGGAUAUUCCUCUCGAACUCAAGGAUUACUUCCGGGUAGGUGACCAGUGGUUGAAGGUCAAUGAUAAUAUGCUGAAAAACGUCCACUUUGCCCGAGACUGUGUUCGAAUGUCAGACAAACCGGAGAUCGAGAUCACGCUAAAGAGAAUCCCGUUUGGAGCAAUCUGUGACUUCCCAUGGACUUCAAAUAAUGUUGACGACAUAGGGCUGAAACUCCGCGGAAACGAGAUUGAGCAGGUAUCUCCGAAGGGUCUGGCUCAUUGCAGAGGAUCUCUACAGUCAAACGAUAUCGCGUGUCUGAACAGUGCAGGCUUGAGAUGCAACUGCGUCAUCACUGAAGUCAACUUUGACUGCGUCCACCCCGAUGCAUCCACGGAACAGGUAUGGGAGAUGAUCAAGAAGGCAGACGGCAUUGUCAUUCUCAUGCUCCAUCCCGUGGACUUCCGUACCGUUCAGAGGGGUUUCGACAUCGACGGAAACGACGUGUACGAAAACGUAGGUCGAUCUAGCAACAUGCGCAAUGGAACUUCAGAGAAGUCCUACAAAAUGGCUUACAACCACAUAAUAUGACAACUGUUGGUGUAAGAUCAUUCACUAAAGACCCUCAAAGAAGCUACAGGGGGGCUAGAACAAGAGUGCACCAGAAAAAUGAACAAUUACACAAGAACAUCGUAUCUUAAGUGAUUCAUGCAUUUGCGUUAUGGAAUUUUAGAGGAGCUACACAAUGGGUGACAACAACAUUAUAUAACAAGCUCCGAACAUAAUAGGUCAUUUAAUGAACACGAUGUUUCUAACUUCAGAGGAACUACAACAUGGACGCACCAGAAAAAUGCAAGAUGAAAACAUCUGCAUCUUAGGUCAUUCUUAUCUAAAAUGCUUCAUUGAACUUUGGGGGAGCUACAAAAUAGCUGAAAGGGGCCUAAUGGAAAUGUGCAUUAUGGGUCAUUAAAUGAACACGUUGAAUGAAAAUUCAGCAGGGCUACAACAUGGACGCGCAACAAAAAUACAUAAUAGUCCCAUCAAAGCCCUUUUCAUGCAACAUGCUAAAUAAAGCUUUAUAUGAGCUUCAAACAAGCUGAUGACUGCAUUAAACACAAAUGUCACAUAGUGACUAUUCAAUGAAUACUACUCAAGAACCUGUCAUCUAGGGAUUAAUCACUGAACAGUCUUUAUCAGACCAUGGAUUUUACUGGCCAUGAUCAGACGUUCUUUUCUCGAACAAUCGAGACCCAAAUAAAAAGGCUCAUACAAACGAGAGAUAGACAUCUGACAUUCUCGGGAAUAAACUGUUAGCAGAUCAAGUGUUCUCGAACACUGGCUCAGGCCCAAUGUUCUUAAUCUCUCCACCUUCUUAGUCUGUAAAAUUGUAUGCCUUCUGCCAAUUUGUUUUGUAUUAAGUACCGUCGAACUCUUUAAAGCCCCACUGUC